CAGUAACAAUAUUAAGAUGAUGGUAUAAAAGGAGAAACAAAAAAGGAGGGAGGUAUCGUAGGCUAAUAUCCUGAAGAAAGUCGAAAUGAUCCUGGUCAUAAGACUUCAACUAAGAAGCGUACCUCUUCAAAUGAUUCAUCACCUUCAUCUUCUUUCGAGUGAUAAUGAAUUCUUAAGUUUUAUUAAGAGGAAAGGUAUGUAUGGUAAUAUUUAGUUAAUUUGGAUGGAUCAUGUGAAAUUGUGUAAAUGUUUAAUUAGUAAGAAUCAUUUUGUGAUGUAGCUAUAGGAAUGAC